ACAUUGUUACUAGCUUGCUGUUUCCCUUCGGAUAGGUUUCUGCUUCAGCCCGACACCAGCAUAGUAGCUCUCGUAACCGAAGCAUGAUCGACAAGAGAACCAAACCAUAGUUACCAAGUUUUUGCGAAUCGCAGUAUCGCAUCAUCAAACCAUUGUUUUGAAACAAAUUAUUGCACGUGGUUUGAUAAAGCAAUUGAUAGAACUAUUAGCACUUGACUCUGGCACCAUCCGCAAUUUCGUCCAGGAAUACUCUGCAUCCCAGACUCGUUGCAUAAACUCGAACGUCCAGGGUUUGUUCUCCUCGAUCAUAAAAUAGGAGCAGAACACAACAUAACACAACAGAUCCCCUUCUAGAUCCCAAACACAACAAAGCAAUUGGAAUUCCACGGAUUGUGGAUUGCUUUGACUACAAGAAUCCAAACACAAACACAUUUCGCCAUGCUGGCCCGAGAACGCUUUCAGACCGAAACCCCCAACGUCAUUGAUCCGGGAGAAGAAAGCCCCCCACUUCCCUCUCGCUGCCGCAAUGACUGGGGCCAGGGCAACGGUAGCCGCAACAAGGUCUCAGGGAGCAGCGGUGCCGAAGGAAAUGGGAGCAUCUAUACCCGAAACGGGAACAAGGGAGCCAUCUCGAAGGGCAUCAAGAUUCGCUGCGUUCCCAACGAGGACAUCGAGGACAGCGACGAUGAUGUAAUCGUGUUCGAGAGAAUCAGCAGUAGCGACAGUAGUUUCAGCAGCAGCGACGAUGCGGAAACGAAAGAAGAACCGUUCGAAGACGAAGGCAAUCCUUCGCGCGGCAAGAAGCACUCGAAAAAGACCAAGAAGAACAGGCGAUCCCGCAAGAACCAUCUCGAUCGCCGGUUGAGUCUCAACGAGGACGACGAGGACGAAAACGGAAUCGCCCAGGCCCGUCUCUUUGCCGCCGCCAUGCUCAACGAGUCCGAGAAGCGCCAGCGCAACAUGCGCGGCCUCAUGAUCAGCACCGACUACUACGAUCGAAACAGUAUGAGCAGCCAACGGGGGAGCAGCCACACCCCCCAAGACCCCCAGUCGAAGCUGCGCCAGAUGAUGCAGCGUGCGUCUUCCAUCAGCAGCAUCGGAACAAGCGACGGGAACGCCCUGAAUCGCACGGCAUCGCUUCGAAGCCUGGGGGCACGCCAGUCUUCUGCUCGACACAUUCUCGAUGAGAAGCAUCUCGACAAUAUCUGGCUGGUAGACGACACCCAUGGCGUCAUUCUAAAAGGGGGAGAAGAACCUUCCAUGACCUCGUUUGUUCGGAAUCGACUUAUCUGGAGGAUUGUGGCGUUGUUGGUUGGGAUAAUCCUGUUGAUCGCAUUCUCCGUAGCGAUGGAGUCUUCGAGAUCCUCCGGAGGGACCACAGCCAUCACGGGUGACUCCUCGGCAGCGUUGGCCAUUGCCUCCGACGCACGUCUCGCCGAAAUCGUUGCGUUUUUGUCCGAUGCAGACAUUUCGGCGCCGGGUGACCUCUACAUGUCUUCUUCGCCACAAUUCAGGGCCGCCCAAUGGAUGGCAGAGGAGGAUUUCGAGAAACUCCCCGUCCCCAAGCCCGAUGCGCUGGUCUCGUUUGAAAAGGGAUGGACCAGCACCAUUCCUUCUUCGCCCUCGUCCGGUCUCCGUGCCGAAGAGGCGACUGCGCCCUUCAAUUUUGUCCAGCGCUACGUGCUAGCCGUCUUCUACUUUGCGGUCGGGGGAAACGACUGGGGGGAAACCUAUCACUUUGCCUCUACCGAUCGACACGAAUGUUCUUGGUACAAACCAGUUGACAAGGAAGCUGAAUUUGGCCCUGGUGUUGAUGACGACGGCAGCAAGAGCAACAGGGACAACAUCUUCAACAACUACGAUGCCAAGUACGAUGCCAUGGGGGUUAUGUGCGAUCGCGACUUGCAGGUUCGAGAGAUUUUGUUGCGUAAGUUUCUUUGAUUCCUUCGUUUUAUACCAAUACUGUCAACAAAGACCUAUGCUGUACGGUUCACAUCCGUGCACGAUCUGGGUCUAACCUCUCUUUUUCAUUAUGUGAUUUGCGUUGUAAUCAUAGCCGCCAACAAUCUCCGGGGAAGCAUCCCCAGCGAAAUCAAACACCUUAGCAGUCUCCAGAUGAUUCACCUGGGUGGCAAUUCCCUCACGGGAACCAUCCCAGAAAAUAUCCGAUAUUUAUCGCACCUUACGGAACUGGACCUGAGCCACAACGAUCUGACGGGGCAAAUGAGUCCGUACUAUUGGCUUGGCGAACGGCUGACGAAGCUGGAAUACCUGAAUCUUUCCGACAACCGAUUGGAGCUCCUACCCUUUUUUGAGGAACUCGGAAGCAGUGGCGAUCACAAUCACAGCAACCGUCGCCAACCCAUUGGGGGCGAAACCUCUCUCGUGAAGCUGUCCCUUGGUGGGAACAGGUACACUAGCAAGAUGCGCAAUGGGCAGCAGGAAGAGGAGGAGGAAGAUAGCUCCAAUGGCAGGUCCAGCAUGAUUCUUCUUCCCAGCGAAUUUCGAUACCUCACCAACCUCCGGGAAUUGUCACUCGCAAACAUGGGCCUGGGCGGGAAGCUUCCUUCCUGGCUCUUCCACGAACUUCCCGAGCUGCGCGUUCUGGAUCUCUCACAGAACCUCCUGACCGGGACCAUUGGCGAAAACAUGAACCAAAACAACCUGUUCGGUGAAAGCAAGAAUCAAGACCAGCACCAAAAACCAUCUUGGGCGCUUUCCACGACGUCACUGCCCUUGCAGCACCUGAACGCGCUUGUCCUGCACGACAAUCCCCUCACGGGGACCCUGCCCGAAUUUAUCGGAUUGCUUCCAGCACUGAGUAAGUCUUCUGCCGCAUGGUUGGUGGCACCUGUUGGUGUCGUCUAGUUCCGUUUAUACUUCUACCAUUCCAUCGUUGAUUUCAUCUCUCACUUUUUUUCGUGACUAUAUUGCCCCGCAGCAACCCUUUCUCUGCACCACACUAAUAUCACGGUGGGAACAGAUGCAGCAAAUUUCAUCUGCUGGCGAGACGAGUCGGUCCUGGAAUCGCUGACGACAGACUGCGGAGACAUCACCUGCCCCUGCUGCAUCGAAAACUGCUGCGACGGCGUGGACUGCUACAAGGACGUCGAUUGGGACAACAUCGGUGGCGGUGGUUGGAACACCAACGAACAAGGGGACCACAAUUAGGAGCAUCAAUUGCUGCAAGAACUCAUGACGCCCAUUUAUACUAGACCCGAUGGAUCGAGGCAGAACGCACACAAGCGCUGUUCGCUUUCAUCUACUUCACUGAUAUUGUAUUAGAACAAUAUCAUGGAGGCCUAUCCAUCCUCCGCUUGUUUGAUAAAAAACUAAAAGAAUGCAUUAUUA